AUGCUUCGCCGCGCGACACUCCGACCCCUCCAGCAGGCGGCUCGCCAGCCCACGAUCCGCGCCGCCCGCCGCAGCCUUUCCUCGUCCACCUCGCCAUUGCGCGCCUCGUCCAAAUUGACACAGGAAUUUGACCUCAACAAGCUUCAUUCGAAGCGCCGCGACUAUGAGCGCAACCGCACGGCUUUUCUCACCGCGGGCGCCGUCGCCGGCGUCAUCUCCUUCAUCUAUACGGCGUGGAAGCUGAAACAGGCCAUUGACCAGAAGAAUGCCAAAGAAGGCAAGUCGUCGUCGGGGGCCGUCAAGUUUGACGCUCCGCCCAGUAUACCGACAGAACAGUUCAAGACCGAGGCCGGCGAGCUGCGCAAGGUGAUUCUUCAUGACGAGGACGGCAACGAGGUUGUCCCCACGGGUGAUAGCACUGUGCCGCUGUUUCCGCGCACCAUCGACGUCAGCCUGCCGCUCGACACGAAGCAGCAGAGUCCCCUCGCGGCCUCCAUCUCCGACUCGACCGGCACCCAGUACACGCUUGUCGGCCUGGGCAUGCGCAGCGUGACCUUCAUCGGCAUCAACGUCUACCUCGUCGGCUUCUACGUUGCGACGCAGGACAUUGCCCGUCUGCAGCACUACCUCGUCAAGAACGUCAACCCUGUGGCCACGACGCUGAUUCCCUCGGAAAAGGACACGCUGCGCCAGCGCCUGCUCGACCCCGUCGAGGGCGAAGCGCUGUGGGACGCCAUCCUGCGCGACACCAAGCUGCGUAGCAUCAUCCGCAUCUCCCCCGUCCGCGACACCGAUUUUCACCACCUCCGUGACGGCUUUGUGCGCGCGAUCCAAGCCCGCUCAUCGCUGGAUAAGGCGGCGUACAGCGACGAGGCGUUUGGUGCGGCCAUGAAGGACUUCAAGAUGCUCUUCAACCGCGGCCAGGUGCCCAAGAAGAAGGAGAUGCUGCUUUGUCGGAACGAGAGCGGCGCGCUGGCGGUCACGUACAACGCGGGGUCCGCGUCUGGCGGCAAGAAGCCUCAGCGGGAGGUGCUGGGCACGGUAGCGGACGCGAGGCUCAGUCACCUGCUGUGGCUGAAUUACCUGGCCGGCAGCAAGGUGGCGUCGGAGCCGGCGCGCAAGAACAUUGUCGAGGGUGUCAUGGAGUUUGUGGAGCGGCCGGUGGGCACGGUCGCGACACAGGUAGUAGCGACACAUGCGGUGUAG